GGGUGGAGGGGUAGGAGGAUUUACUCUUCCAGCUAGAGGCAUCGCGAGUCUCGUCCUCCCCCUCCCCCUGCCCAGGCUCCGGCGCGGAGGCGGGGCGUGGCCGGCCUGCUUUGGGAGGGGAGGGGCUUCCCUCUUCAGUGCUGGGCUCUGUCUGGGCGCCUUUGGGGUCGCGUUGCCUCGGAGCACCCACUCUGCAGUCGAACAGUUCCCGCCAGGGGCAAAAGGUAGGAAGGAGAGCAGGAUCUGCCGGAGGAAGCGUAGCUGCCGCGCCACCACCACGAAGACCUAGCAAGCUCGGAGCACGAGACCAGCUGGAGACCGCGCUCCAUGCUCUGGACAACCUAGGAAGCAGAGGGUAGUAAGUGGCGCCUUAAGAUAACCGUGUAGCAGCAGCAGUGGCGGCCAGAAGAGGCUGCUCAGGACAGAAGCAGCUGUAAGAGGCUCUGGGGCGAUUGAAGUGACUGAAGCCAAGGCGGUUCAGUGCCUCUCGUGUUCUUAUAUUUUAACCUCUGACUAUGCAAUUCUGAAACCUCCCCCAUUUGGGGGACUAGACAGUCCGAUAGACACCUUCUACUCUCCUUUCCUUCUUCCCUUCUCUCGAGAACAGAAGGAUCUUUCCUUAACGUCUUUCAUCAUUAAGAGGAAAGCGAUGGAGGAGCUGAGCGCUGAUGAGAUUCGACGGAGGCGCCUUGCACGACUUGCUGGUGGACAGACUUCCCAGCCAACCACCCCGCUCACCUCUCCUCAGAGGGAGAACCCUCCAGGACCUCCUAUAGCAGCGUCAGCCCCAGGCCCUUCCCAGAGUCUCGGACUCAACGUCCAUAGCAUGACCCCAGCUACCUCCCCAAUAGGUGCAUCAGGAGUAGCCCAUCGAAGCCAGAGCAGUGAAGGAGUCAGUUCUCUCAGCAGCUCGCCCUCUAAUAGCCUUGAAACACAAUCUCAGUCUCUUUCACGUUCCCAGAGCAUGGAUAUUGACGGAGUUUCUUGUGAGAAAAGCAUGUCCCAGGUGGAUGUGGAUUCAGGAAUUGAAAAUAUGGAAGUUGAUGAAAGUGAUCGAAGAGAAAAGAGGAGCCUCAGCGAUAAGGAGCCUGCAUCGGGUUCUGAGGUGUCUGAAGAACAGGCCUUACAGCUGGUCUGUAAGAUCUUUCGUGUCUCCUGGAAGGACCGGGACAGAGAUGUCAUCUUUCUUUCUUCUCUUUCUGCUCAAUUUAAGCAGAACCCAAAAGAAGUGUUCUCUGAUUUUAAGGACUUGAUCGGCCAGAUUUUAAUGGAAGUGCUAAUGAUGUCCACUCAGACUAGAGAUGAAAACCCAUUUGCCAGUCUGACAGCAACAUCACAGCCAAUUGCAGCAGCAGCUCGGUCACCAGACAGAAAUCUCAUGUUAAAUACUGGCUCCAAUCCAGGAACAAGCCCCAUGUUCUGCAGCGUGGGUUCCUUCAGUGCCAGCUCUUUGUCUAGUUUGGGAGCCUCUGGCGGGGCGAGUACUUGGGAUUCCUACAGUGACCAUUUCACCAUUGAAACUUGCAAGGAGACAGAUAUGCUGAACUACCUCAUCGAGUGCUUUGACCGAAUUGGAAUAGAGGAAAAAAAAGCACCAAAGAUGUGCAGCCAGCCAGCUGUCAGCCAGCUUCUGAGCAACAUCCGCUCACAGUGCAUUUCCCAUACUGCAUUAGUACUACAAGGUUCCCUAACACAACCAAGGUCCAUGCAGCAGCCGUCCUUCUUGGUGCCGUAUAUGCUCUGUAGGAAUCUCCCGUAUGGCUUCAUUCAAGAGCUGGUGAGAACAACGCACCAGGAUGAAGAAGUGUUCAAGCAGAUCUUUAUCCCCAUUUUACAAGGCCUGGCGCUUGCUGUCAAAGAGUGCUCCCUCGAUAGUGACUACUUUAAAUACCCCCUCAUGGCAUUAGGUGAGCUCUGUGAAACCAAGUUUGGGAAGACACAUCCUGUGUGCAAUUUGGUUGCUUCUUUGCCGUUGUGGUUGCCUAAAUCCUUAAGUCCUGGCUCAGGGCGGGAGCUGCAGAGACUGUCUUAUUUGGGAGCUUUCUUUAGCUUCUCUGUCUUUGCAGAAGAUGAUGCUAAAGUGGUUGAAAAAUAUUUCUCAGGGCCUGCCAUUACCCUGGAAAACACUCGUGUGGUUAGCCAAUCACUGCAGCAUUACUUGGAGUUGGGAAGGCAAGAACUUUUCAAGAUUCUGCAUAGUAUUUUGUUAAACGGCGAGACCCGCGAGGCCGCUCUCAGUUACAUGGCAGCUGUCGUCAAUGCCAAUAUGAAGAAAGCACAGAUGCAGACAGAUGAUAGAUUGGUAUCUACAGAUGGAUUUAUGCUGAAUUUCCUUUGGGUACUGCAGCAACUAAGUACAAAGAUCAAGUUAGAGACAGUUGAUCCCACGUAUAUAUUCCACCCAAGGUGUAGGAUUGCUCUUCCAAAUGAUGAGACACGAGUGAACGCAACUAUGGAAGACGUGAACGACUGGCUGACUGAACUCUAUGGCGAUCAGCCUCCAUUUUCUGAGCCGAAAUUCCCUACGGAAUGCUUCUUUCUCACCCUGCACGCCCACCACCUCUCUAUUCUUCCGAGUUGCCGUCGCUAUAUCCGCAGACUCCGGGCCAUCAGAGAGCUCAACAGAACUGUGGAAGAUCUGAAAAAUAAUGAAAGCCAAUGGAAAGAUUCCCCACUGGCAACUAGACACCGCGAAAUGCUGAAACGCUGCAAAACUCAGCUUAAGAAACUGGUACGGUGCAAGGCCUGUGCUGAUGCCGGCCUACUUGAUGAGAGCUUCCUGAGAAGAUGUCUGAAUUUCUACGGCCUUCUCAUUCAGCUGCUGCUCCGCAUCCUGGACCCUGCCUAUCCUGAUGUAACACUGCCUUUAAAUUCAGAUGUCCCCAAGGUAUUUGCAGCAUUGCCUGAGUUUUAUGUAGAAGAUGUUGCUGAAUUUUUAUUUUUUAUUGUACAAUACUCUCCUCAGGUGCUUUAUGAGCCCUGCACUCAGGAUAUUGUGAUGUUCCUUGUUGUGAUGUUGUGCAACCAGAACUAUAUCCGAAAUCCGUACCUGGUGGCCAAACUGGUAGAAGUCAUGUUUAUGACCAAUCCUGCCGUUCAGCCACGAACCCAGAAGUUUUUUGAAAUGAUUGAGAACCACCCUCUCUCCACCAAGUUGUUGGUACCAUCCCUGAUGAAGUUUUAUACAGAUGUUGAGCAUACCGGAGCCACCAGCGAGUUCUAUGACAAGUUCACAAUUCGCUAUCACAUUAGCACCAUUUUCAAAAGCCUUUGGCAAAACAUAGCUCACCAUGGAACCUUUAUGGAGGAAUUCAAUUCUGGGAAGCAGUUUGUUCGCUAUAUAAACAUGUUGAUAAAUGACACAACGUUUUUGCUUGAUGAAAGCCUGGAGUCUCUAAAGCGGAUCCAUGAAGUGCAAGAAGAGAUGAAGAACAAAGAGCAGUGGGACCAGUUGCCCCGGGAUCAGCAGCAGGCCCGUCAGUCUCAGCUCGCUCAGGACGAACGUGUUUCACGCUCUUAUCUUGCCCUGGCAACAGAAACGGUGGAUAUGUUCCAUAUCCUCACCAAGCAGGUCCAGAAGCCGUUCCUCAGACCAGAACUUGGACCCCGAUUGGCUGCAAUGCUAAACUUCAAUCUUCAGCAACUCUGUGGCCCCAAGUGCCGUGACCUAAAAGUUGAAAAUCCUGAGAAAUAUGGCUUUGAACCAAAGAAGCUAUUGGACCAACUGACAGAUAUAUACUUGCAGCUGGACUGUGCUCGCUUUGCUAAAGCCAUUGCUGAUGACCAGAGAUCCUACAGCAAGGAGUUGUUUGAAGAAGUGAUUUCGAAGAUGCGGAAGGCGGGGAUCAAAUCCACAAUAGCAAUAGAGAAGUUUAAGCUUCUGGCCGAGAAAGUAGAAGAGAUCGUAGCCAAGAACGCGCGGGCAGAAAUCGACUAUAGCGACGCCCCAGACGAGUUCCGAGACCCUCUGAUGGACACCCUGAUGACUGACCCAGUGCGGCUGCCCUCUGGCACCAUCAUGGACCGCUCCAUCAUCCUGCGGCACUUGCUGAAUUCCCCCACGGACCCCUUCAACCGACAGACGCUGACAGAGAGCAUGCUGGAGCCAGUGCCAGAACUGAAAGAACAGAUUCACGCCUGGAUGAAAGAGAAACAGAACAGUGAUCAUUAAACCGUCCCCCUUGCCCACCCCUGCUUGGAACAGCCAAGGCCAGUGAGGCACACAGAAGCAGCAUUGGUGGCGGAAAUGCUGCAAAAACGUUGGCGGCCAAAUGUGGCCAAACGCGCCACGAGCCCACCCCGAGUGACCAAACGGUAGAGACCUGAAAGGACGUGACGAGAAGAGGAGCCCAAUUCCUGUACAUAUAUUUAAGUGACAAACACGGUCCAAAGCUCGAGGGACACAUGUUAUGAUUGCUUGUGUAAUAACGCACGUCCUUCACAUGUCACCAUUUGGGGCUUUUGCAACUGAAGUCUUACAGCAAUGACAAGUGGGUCUUGGCAGCAUCUCCUUUAUCUGUUAGUUUUUUUUUUUAAACCCAGUAUCCGUUGAUUUGAUUGUGAUUAGAGAACCUUGGACAUUUUGCUGCUAAAUAUCUCCCCCUGCCCCUCCUCUUUCCUGACCCUACUUGCACUGCUGUGGAUUUUUUUUAAGAGAAGCAAAAACAAAAAUAAACUCCUUUCCCUGGCCCUCCAAACAUACAUUCUGUGAGAUAACUGUGCCUGCAACAAAGUGCUAAUCCUGGGGUCGUAUUUUUAUAUCAUAUUCACAUAUUUGUUUUUUUAAUUGGUGUUAGAUGACAUGAUUAAUAAAAAAGGCAAGAUAUUUUCAGAAUCUGAA